AUGGACGUCAAAAAUCAAUUAAUAGUCCAAGAUACAAGCACAAAAGUAUCUAGACCUAAACAAACAAUCCAAGAUCUUGAAGAACUAUAUUUCAAUCAACAAACGAAAAGAAAAGAAUAUGAACAACAAAUAAACAAGAAUAAAUUAAACUAUGGCCAAUGGCUACGGUACGCUAGAUGGGAAUUAGAGCACAAUCAUGAUUUUGCGAGAGCUAGAUCAAUCAUGGAAAGAGCGUUAGAUGUUGAUAUACAGCAUAUACCAUUUUGGAUACAAUAUAUUCAAUUUGAAUUAAUUAAUAAGAAUAUCAAUCAUGCCAGAAAUUUAUUAGAAAGAGCAAUAACUAAAUUACCAAAAGUUAAUAAAUUAUGGUUUUUUUAUAUCCAAACAGAAGAAAUGUUGAAAAAUUAUACAAAAGUUCGAGAACUUUUUGAAAGAUGGAUUGAAUGGAAUCCCGAUGAAAGUUGUUGGGAUGCAUAUAUACAUUUUGAAUCUAGAUAUGAAGAAAUUGAUAAUGUGCGAAAUAUUUAUAAAAGAUAUGUUAGUUCGCAUAAUGAUGGUGAAAUUUGGUUAAAAUGGAUUGAUUAUGAAUUGACUAAUAACGAAAGUGAUAAAUUAGUUAUAAGAGCAAUUUUUGAAUCUGCAGUAGAUUCAUUCUUGGAAAAGUUGAAUUCAAAUGGAAUAGAAAAUGAAGAACUUUUUUCACAAAUAAUAGCCAAAUGGCUAAGGUGGGAAUCAAAAUGUAUGGAAUAUGAUAGAGUUAAACAAAUUAGGACAAUUUUAGUAAGUAAUGAUAGAUUUAAAUUUUCUGCUAAAAUUAAAAACGCAAUUUAUAAUUCAAUAAAUGAAGUUGAGGCAAUUUUAGGUGAUAAAGAUUCAAUUGAAUCUGGAAUAAUUUUCAAAAGAAAAGCCAAAUAUGAAAAAGACAUAGAAGAAGAUCCAUGCAAUUUUGAAUCCUGGUGGUCAUUAAUUUCAAUAAUUAUACAGAGUGAUGAAGAAGCUUUAAUACGACAGACUUUUAAAAAAGCAGUUUCAAAUAUUCCUUCGAUCGAAUUUGGUAAAUCUGAGACUUGGAAGAAAUUCAUAUUACUAUGGCAACGAUAUGCAUUUUGGGAAGAGUUUGAUAAUAAAGAACUAGAACUAGCGAGGCAAGUAUGGAAUGAUUGUAUAAAAAUUCUAACUCAUCAAUACUUCACACUGGGUAAAAUAUGGAUAGGCUUGUUUGAGUUUGAAUUAAGAAAUAACGCAUUAGAAGGUUUGACUAAAGCUCGUAAAACUUUUGGUAAAGCUAUGGGUUUAAUGAAUAAAUAUGGUCCAAAACCAAAAGUUAUAAAAUAUUAUAUAAAAUUUGAGAGCAAAUUGGCGGAAUGGGAUAGAGUUCGAUCAAUAUAUCAAAAAUGGCUUGAACUAUCUAUUAUAUUUGGUCUACGUUGUAAUAGAAUUGUGAAAAGAUAUUUGAAAUUUGAAAUGGAGCUUGGAGAAACAGAGAGAUGCGAGUCGGUAUUAAAGAUGGUCUUGGGACUUGGUAAUGAUGAACGAACUGCUCGGUCAUUUGAUCAGGAAGAUAUGUUCAAUUUAGCAGUGGAUUUUUUUACUGACGAAAUGAAAUAUGAAGAAAUUAGAAUGUUAUACAGAGAUAGAAUAAAACUCAAUCCAACAACAGAUAAUUGGAUAGCAUUGGCUUUAUUUGAAUCUUCCAUUCCAUCAUCAGCACAAUUGGAGGAAUAUCUAGCUGUAGAAAAUGAAGAAUUUGAAAUUGAUAUAGGUGAAGAACAACUAACUAACACGAGAGAGGUUUUUAAUGAGGCUGAUUAUUAUUUCAAAAGUAGAAAUGACAAUGAGAGUAGAAAAGUCAUUUUGGAAGCGUUUAAGGAUUAUGAAGAGGUGAAUGGUGAUGAGAUAUCAUUAAAUUCAAUCAAUGCAAGACUACCUGAGAGAAUUAAAAAGAGAAGGAAUAUAGACGGUAUUGAAGAAGAAUACUAUGAUUAUAUUUUUAAUGAUGAAAAGGAGGACGACGAAAGAGACGAAGAUCAAGAUAAUCUUAAAGAGACAAACAAUGACGACACCGAAGAGAAAUAUAAACCGCCACCUGCUUCAUUGAACAAGUUCCUAGCAAAUGCUAAAAAAUGGGCAGAAAGUCAAAAUUGA